GAAUGUUCCGCGUCACGAUUAUUUUUUUCUCAGAAACGAAACUUAACUGAAACUAACUUACUCAACGAACACGUCUCAGAAGGCAUGGCUUCAGCUAGCAGCUUCUCAAGUGAGGACAUGUUCCUGUGUUCAAUCUGUCUGCAAAUCUUCUCUGAGCCUGUCUCGACACCAUGUGGACACAACUACUGCAAGGCUUGUAUCAAAUCAUACUGGGACAGCAGUAGUCAGAAACAAUGUCCUCUCUGUAAGACAAGGUUCCCCAAAAGACCACAGCUAAAGGUCAACACAGAGUUCAGAAACAUGGUGGAGCAUAUUAAGAGCACAGCGGUGAAGGAUGGAGAAGAGACCCUUGCCAAACCAGGCGAGGUGCCCUGUGACGUCUGCUUCGGGCUUAAGUUUAAGGCCCAGAAGACGUGCCUUGUGUGCCUGGCGUCGUACUGCCAGUCUCACCUGGAGCCUCAUCAGAGAGUUCCAAAUCUUAAGAAGCACCAACUGGUUGACCCUUUGCCAGACCUGGAGGACAGGGUUUGUAAGAAGCAUGACAAGAUGUUGGAGCUCUACUGUCAGAUAGACGAGGCGUGCGUUUGCUUCAUGUGCCUAAAAGACGACCACGUGACGCAUGAAGUCAUUCCGCUAGAGCGUGCUUUCAAGGAGAGGAAAACCUGGCUUCAGAACGUGACCUCCAAAAUUAAAGUAAAGGAAAACUCAAAAUGUCAAAGUGUCGGGGAAAUUAAAUGCUCAAUCCAACGGAGCGAGAAAAGGUCAGAGACGGAGAUCAAAGUCAUCGUCGAGGUUUUUGCUGGUCUGGUGGCGUCUCUGCAAAGAAAACAGACCAAGCUGACCGACAUGGUCCAGAGUCAGCAGAAAGGCGCGCAGACAAAAGCCAAAGUCCGUAUAGCACAGCUGGAACUAGAGGUUUCUGAGUUGAGGAAGAGACGACUUGAAAUAGAGCAGCUUUUACAGACACAGGACCACUUCUUUCUGCUAAAGAGCUGGCCAUCCCUUAACUUGCCUGAGCACAUGGAGUUUAACACUGCCCCUCCAUUCACAGAAGACCUUUCGGACAUCAGUCAACAGACUUAUGUGCCGAUGGUUAAAAAAUCAGUUGAUCGGGUGGACGGAUGGAUGAGUAAUGAGAUGGAGAGGCUUAUACGUGAGGUCAGUUUGUCUGAAGGCUGUGAUACCUCCAAAGAGCCUGAAAUAUUUAGCACCUAUCCCAAUGUGCUUGAUGAAGUAUCGUGGAAUCCACCUCAGGACAAGCUGAUGAUGAUCCAGCAGAAUGAUGCAGUGGAUGUGACUCUGGAUACCUACACAGCCAAUGAGAAACUCUACGUGUCUGAGGAUGGGAAGGUGCUCACAUUUCGUAAACAUCAACCUUUUCAACCUACUUUAUUCAGUAGAAGGUUUGAACAUAAUCCCUUUGUCUUUGGAUCAGAGGGGUUUUCCUCAGGCAGAUUCUACUAUGAGGUUGAUGUCAGUGAAUGUAAAGGCUGGGUCGUGGGCGUGGCCAAAGAGUCCAUUCGCUUGGAGACAGGAAACAUUCUCAUGCCUAGAGCUGGACGCUGGUUACUUGUUUCAAUGUACACCCCAUACCUGUGCUAUUUUGAGGCUGAGCGUAUUGCCAGAUGCCCAAGAGAGGAUCUUAAGACUGUUGGAGUGUUUGUCGAUUAUGAGAAGAAACAGGUCUCCUUCUAUGACGUGGAAACCAGGACUCGGAUCUCCUCCUUCUUGGAUUGUGACUUCACUGAGACUCCGUCAUUACUGAAAACUCUCCUGUAUUCUAUAGCCAACACUUCCUUAAGCAGCAGAGUGAAACUGUUUCCUACCUUUGGAUUAGUUGGAAAUUAUUUUGACGAUGUGCUCGUCGUCCGCUAGACUGUGCAACCUAUGGUGCCACCAAUCAGCCACAGCAGGACCCGGACUCUGGGAGAGCUGGGUCAUGGCAUUUAUGUGGAUGUUUCUUUGAUACGUAACCAACACACCCCCAUGUUCUUUGCAUCUCUGUGCCAUAUGUUCCCCUGGUCGGUGAGAGAAAUAAAUAAAAGAAAGUGUGAUUCAUCAGACCAGGCCACUUUCUCCCAUUGGUCCAAUUCUAAUGCCCAUGUGUCUAUUGUAGAAGCUUUCUGCAGAGGACAGAGGUCACCAUGGAUACCCUGAUGCCUUAUUCCCAAGCAACUGUGAUGCCCUGUGUGUUCGGACACCUUUCUAUCAGAAUUAACUUCAUUAAUUUUUUCAGCUUCAGUAACUCAUAUGUGGAAUUGGACCAGAUGACUCAGCCUUCAAAUGUGCUUUUGCCGCCCAUGACCCCAUUCACUGCUUUUCCUUCCUUGGACCAGUUUUUGAUCAGAUCCCCACAUCCCCAAGAGCAGCUGUUUUUCAAAGUCAUUUUGAUCAUUCCACUUGCCAAUUUUUCCCACUUCUAAGACUUUGAGGACAAAUAUUUACAUGCUGCGUAGUACAUCCCACCAAGUGAACUGAUGCCCUGAUAAUGAAACAAUGCAUUUUUAUUAUGCUAAUGGAAAAAAAAAUAAUAAAAAAAAUAGUAUUUUGUUGUUUUUCUAACUAUAUUAUUAUUAUAUUAGUAUAAGGAAGGGCAGCUGCAAUGCCUUUAUUUGACUAGAUGGUGGCGCCAUUGUUUCAGUGUUGUUCUUUUCAUGAUGGACUCAAGAGGUUGUUAAACAAAACAAAACAAAACAAAAAAAAACAAGGCUUGAACAGUGGCGUCAUGGGGAAAGUCAUAGCUUAAGGAUUACGCAUCUUUUUAAUCACUUCUUUGACUUUAAGUAUAACUUCAUAUAACCGUGCUGUCAAUAAGACAUGUAAGACAUACAUCAGUUUUGAAUGUGAAUCAUUUUUGCAUGUAUGGCCAAUUAAUAUCUAUCAGUUAAAGUCAUUUUUAAAUAAACACAUGUAUGAGUUUUAUGAAUUAUGUAAUUAUUUUAUUGCGCAAUAAAAGUCAAUAUAUUAAAAUG